CGCUGUUCGGCGUGAGGCGACAACUGUUCCCGGGGUUAGCUCAGAGAUAGCUAACGUUAUAGCUAGCUAAAAGAAACAUGGCGUUCACAUUCGCGGCCUUUUGCUACAUGCUGGCUCUGCUGCUCACUGCGGCUCUCAUUUUCUUCGCCAUCUGGCACAUCAUUGCGUUUGAUGAAUUAAAGACGGACUACAAGAAUCCUAUAGACCAGUGUAACACACUAAACCCGCUGGUGCUGCCAGAGUACCUGAUCCACGUGUUCUUCUGUGUGAUGUUCCUCUGCGCUGCUGAAUGGCUCACUCUCGUCCUCAACAUGCCCCUGCUGGCCUAUCACGUCUACAGGUACACGACCCGCCCGGUGAUGAGCGGCCCCGGUCUCUACGACCCCACCACCAUCAUGAACGCUGAUAUCCUGGCGUACUGUCAGAAGGAGGGGUGGUGCAAACUCGCCUUCUACCUGCUGUCCUUCUUUUACUAUCUCUACGGGAUGAUCUACAUGUUGGUGAGCUCUUAAACCUGGCCGUGUACACUCCAGGGUGGAUUUGGACUUUGGCCGUCUCUCCUCCUCCUCCUCCUCCUCCUCUCUCUCAAUCGGACUCCUCUCUCUGCUCCCUACAGGAACUAUGUACAGGACGCAUCAUCUCUCUCUCACUCUCUCUCUCUGUCUGUCUCACACACACAUGGGCUCACAUACACACAGAGAGAGAGUGUGUUUAAGCACUACUGGUUUUCAUUGCAGUGCUAUGAUUUUUUUUUUCUGUUUUGUGAAAUAAAGUUUUUUUGGUUUUUUUUUUCACUUUCAUGUUUACUUUUGUAAGUUUUAUGACGUUUCUGUGCCAAGAUUUCUUUUUUUUUAAUCAGGAUUGUGAAUUUGUGGAGUGUAGUGUGCAGUGAGGGGGUACCGCUCUUAAUUUUUCAAAGCGUUUUAUUUUAAACAGUACUUGCUAUGUUGUAAAUCCUCCAGAGUCAGAGCAUCAUGUUGAUGAGCUGGUGUUUUUAAGCUCCUCCCAUCAACAUGAGGCAAAGCCCUGGUCAGAAACAUGGUAGCUCGUUAGUGCACUAGCUAAUCAGCCGUCGUGUCCUCUUCUUGAUCAGCUGGCAGCUAGUGUUCUCUGCCAUUCUGCUUCCGUUCCAUCUUUAAAGCGAGAUCUUCGCUUCAAACUUCGUAUGAGCGGCCGGCUCACCUGAACCCCAAACGCAGACACACUCCUGACCGGGCUUCAUCACGCUCCUCUGAUUGGACACUCCAGUCAUGUGACCAGGUAUUAAUGCUGCAGUCUGGUGUACUGAGAUUCAACCCUGAAUUUACGCUUCAGCAGACAUUCAUCUCCUCCGCAGUGCUCACACACUCUUAUCUUCAAGAGUUCUUUACUUGUAAACAGAGCUUAAAUCUUUAUUUAUCUUUAAGCUGUGAGAUCUCCCUCACACACACUCUGUGGGGGAAAACAUCAGUGUAACAGAGUGCAGCAUUAAACCGUUCUCUCUCUCACACACUCUCCCUCCCCAGAGCUUACACCCCUGCACCCAAUACACCUGUGUGUGUGUGAGUGAGUGAGAGAGAGACAGACAGCAACAAUAAAGUUACUAUGGUGACUGAAA